AUGCUCUCCAUGGGCCUCACGCUCACCUUCGAGGACUUCCGCCGCUGCCUCCGCAACCCCUGGACGGUCGGAGUCGGCUUUAUCGCACAGUACUGCAUUAAGCCCAUUCUUGGCUAUGCCAUUGCUCUGGCGCUGAAGCUCCCCGCCCCCCUGGCCACCGGGCUCAUCCUCGUGUCGUGCUGCCCCGGCGGUCAGGCAUCCAAUGUCGCCACCUAUAUCUCGCGCGGCAACGUCGCCCUCUCCGUGCUCAUGACCACGGCGUCCACCAUCGGCGCCAUCUUCAUGACGCCCUUCCUCACCAAGGUCCUUGCCGGCCAGCUGGUGCCCGUCGACGCCAAGGGUCUGGCUCUCAGCACUUUCCAGGUCGUUCUUGUGCCCACCAUUUGUGGAGUCCUGGCUAACGAGUUCUUCAACGACAUCACCAAGAAGAUCACUUUCUUCACGCCACUUGUUGGCGUUGUUCUCACCACCCUGCUCUGCGCCUCCCCGAUUGGUCAGGUGGCGGAGGUGCUCAAGGCUCAGGGCGCGCAGCUCAUCCUCCCCGUCGCAGCUCUGCACGCCUUCGCCUUUGCUCUCGGCUACUUCCUUUCAAAAAUCUUCAACUUCAGCGAGUCCACCUCCCGCACCAUCUCCAUUGAGUGCGGCAUGCAGAGCUCGGCCCUUGGGUUCCUGCUAGCGCAAAAGCACUUCUCCAACCCACUGGUCGCUGUGCCAUCUGCUGUCAGCGUUGUCUUCAUGGCUAGGGCGCGACUUCACCAUACAGGCGAAGGGCGGACGCGUUACAUACCUUUUCCACCUUUCACCUGUCGGCCUUACUCUCUUCUUCCCCCUAAACCCUCUCUGCCUUACGCCCAUCCUCCCCACGCUCGCUCUCAAUCUUACACCCUUCUUCCCCCACCAUGCGUCCUCUGCCUUACGCCCUGCUUCCCCCUUUCCCCUCUCUUCCCUACACCAUCAUUCCCCCUCUCCCCUCUUUGCCUUAACCUCUUGUGUGCCCCUUUCCCCUCUCUGCCUUACCCCCUUCUUCCCGUUCUCUGCCUUAUGCCCUGCUUCCCCUUUUUCCCUCUCUGUCCUACAUCCUUCCUCCCCCUGUCCCCUCUCUGCCUUACCCCCUUCUUCCGCCUUUCCCCCCUCUCUGCCUUACGCCAUUCUCCCCCCUUUUCCCCUCUUCCAUACGCUCUUCUUCCCCCUUCCCCCUCUCUGCCUUACGCCCGUUUUUCCCCUUACGCCACUCUGCCUUACUCCCCUUCUUCCACCUUUUCCCUAUCUCCCUUGCUUCCUUCUACCCCCUUCCCCACUCUGCCUGUCACCCGUCUUCUCCCCUUCCCCACUCUGGCUUCCAACCGUCUUCUCCCCUUCUCCACUCUCCCUUACACCCUUCUUCCAACUUUCCCCUCUCUGCCUUUUUUGGGACCCUUACGCCUCUGCGCCUCACUCUCGUUGACCACCCUUCCCCAAUCUCCCCAUCCUCCUUCUUUUUCCACGCCCUCUCUGCCAUUCACCCCACUUCCCCCUUUCUCUCUCUGCGUUACACCCUUCUUCCGCCUUUCGCCUCUAUGCCUUGCACCCUUUAUCCCCCUUACGCCACUCUGCCAUACUCCCCUUCUUAUACCUUUCCACUAUCUCCCUUACCUCCUACAUCACCCUUUGCCUCUAUGCCAUUCUCCCUUCUUCUCCCCUUCCCGUCUCUCCCUUACGCCCUUCUUCCCCCUCUCCCCUCUCUGCCUUUCCCAUCUCUGCCUUCCACCCUUCUCCCCCCUUACACCCCUCGCUACACUGUCCUUUCUCCCCCCCCCACGCAACCACCUCCUUUCUCCCCCGCUUCCCACGCAGUCGUUGCGCCUCUCGCGGGGGUGUAACAUCAACACUCUGAUCGCGGAAACAGCCCUCUAUCCCUUCAAUGCCCUCUCUCCCCUCCAUGCCCACUCUCGACCCCUUGCCCUCUUUCCCCUAUCUCCUUCACAUCCAUCUUCCCCCCUCCCCCUCUCUGUGGGACACCCUUCUUCUCCCCUUCCCCUCUCUCCUUACAACCUCCGUCCCCCUUUCCCCUGUCUGCGGUACACCGGUUUUCCCCCUUUCCCCUGUCUGCGGUACACCGGUUUUCCCCCUUUCCCCUGUCUGCGGUACACCGGUUUUCCCCCUUUCCCCUGUCUGCCUCUCACCAUUCUUCCCCCUUUCCCCUCUGUGCCAGUCACCCUUCAACCUCUAUUCCCCCCUUUGCCUUUCAACCUUCGUCACCCCUUCCUCUCUCUGCCUUACGCUCUUCUUCCCCCCGUUCCAUCCUUCCUUACAACCUGCUUCACCCUCUCCCCUCUCUGCCUUGGAUUCUCCCUCUGUCCCUUGCUCUUUCACACACCUUGCUCCCUCUGA